CACGCCGACGUCGCGGUCUCGAGUCGCGGAUUCUCGCGGAUUGUCCGCGGCUCCGCAGUCCGCACCGCUCCGCACCAUGCUGCGGCAGUUGGAGCCCUAGAGCGGCCGAGACAGGCCGAGUCAGGCCGAGUGCGCCUACACUUGUCUGCCGGGAGGACCGCCGAGGCCGCCGAGGCCGCCACCGGAUUGCACGCGGAUGCUCUCAGGGAAGGUGGUCCUCUUGCCCAGCAUGGCCACGGCCUUGGCCACGGCCACCGCCGCGGGUGGGCCGAGUAGACGACGCCCUAGCAGUGUGGCGACGUGGAUGAUCGUCCUGGCCUGCAUCCUGGCCGCGCCGCUGCCGGCUGCAGCGAGCGACAACGCCACCAAGGAGCCGAAGGACCCACUGCCGGCCGUGCCCGUGCACGACGCCGUGCUCCAGGGGCCGGCACCGCAUCACUGUCACGACAAGCCGUGUGGCGCGGUCGACGCGGACGUGUGGCGUAGAUCGGCCCGCUCACCGGACCGCCAACAGCCCGUCCGCGACCACCACGACCUCCACGACCACGAGGGGGACGCCUCCCUGUGGCCCUUCUUCCGCGACCUGGACCUGCUCCGCCUCCUGGAGGCCGCGGCCUCCGCCCCCGCCAGCGGCCUGCCGCAUCGGGACGAGUGUCGCCGCGACCUGGACGCCUACCUGCAGGGCCUCAGGAACUUCUCGUCGUGGGCCGUGCAGAUGUGGGACUCGUCGGUGCGCUCGCCGCGCGGUGCGCUGUGGGGCGAACUCUGGCAGAUGGGCAACUUCGACGAGUGCCUGGCCGCCAACGACCUGCCGGCCAGCGGGGCCGGCGCCUUCUGCCUCGCCACGCUGCGCCUCCAAGCCGCGCCUGCAGGGCAUGCAGGGCAUGCAGGGGCCAGCGCCGCCAGCGCCGCUAGCGCGCGGCAAGUCUACCAGUAUCCACGCCUCAAGGGCGCAGUUCCCCACGUUUGCACCAUGCCAAGAGAUAGGGUCUCUGUGAGCUACUCGAGGGGUUGA